GAGAUCGGCUUCACAACUGAAACCGUUGUACUAAAUCACCACAUGCUGCUCCGAAAUAAUUAUCAGGUCGGCUUAAAGCACUACAUUGUUUGCCAUCGGUUCGAGCAUGCCGCACGUCCGGGUCGCUGUAUUGCUUUUCGUUCUGUGCCGAGUAGGACCACAUAAGAGCACGCAUUUAAAAGGUGAUUGAGUGACAGUGCUCAUCAAGCUGGAUACGGAUGACUAGCGCGUAUCGGCGAGCGCACUUCUCAUGUGCACUUGGAGGCCAAACCAUAUGAGCCUUCUGAAGCUUCCCAGGCAAACACAACUAUCAUAGCAGUAAGGUAUUUUACUAGCAACACCUAUAAUGCAGCGACGAGCUAGCUUUGGACCGUAGAGGCACAAUCGCUUGCCUUCGCAAGCUUCUUGCACUUACUUCUGCAAAUGCAUAUGAUACUAGAGACUAUUCACAAUGUCCCAAGAGACAUAGCAGUGCCAUCGGCCGCGGCUGUCUCUGGGCGGCGCGCCGCUGCGCACUCCGGUCACGUCCAGGUUAGGUAGGCUAAGCAGAUAAUGUCCGACAUGCGGAAAUCAGGUGCUCUCGACUUCCCCGCCACGGCGCCCGGCGCCGCGCCCAAGGGAGACGCGGCAAGGAGCUUGUCUUCCUCUUUCAAAACAAAGUUUUUGUCGGGUCUACGUCAACUGAGGAGCCUUAAGACAGGCGGUGGCAGCAAGAGCAAGCGCACCAGCACCAGCCGCCAGCUUGCUGACCUGGACGAGGACCGUGAAACCACCGCAUGGACUCCUCGGGCGGACGUGCCGUUGCCGCCGCCGCAGGGCUCAGUGGCAGCCGGCUUCACAAGUGGUGUGGCUGCAGCUCCCAUGGGCGUCACUAGCGGCGGUGCCCCCGGCGGCGUCAGACCCGCAGGCGCGGCCGCUUGGGCCGGCACGGAGGAACUUGGGGUAUCCGACCUUCUGAGGGCAUGUCAGCUGCAUUCAGUGACCGCUGCCGGCAGCCGUUUCGUAGGCGCGGUACCGGUGCUGACACUGGAGGGGCUUCAAAACGGGCUCCUGGCCAGCCCCCAAUGUGCCGUGGUGGUGCUACAGGUUGGCGAGGACCCACAUCCGCCGCCCGCCACCGUCAAGCACUGCAGCACGGAGCUGCCGACGGCGGUGCAGAUGCGCAUCGCGUCCCACAGCAGCAGCAGCCAGGGCCCGAGGGUCAUACAGCGUGGCCCCGCCGGCGGCGUCGCUGGCGUCAGCCCUGCCGCCAGCAGUGCGGCGGCCGCCGUCGCCGCCGCUGCGGUGGGCAUUACCGGCCGCCAGCCGUCGUUCACACGCGCACUGUGCAAGGCGCGGCGGAAGAGCGCGGAGGGUCCAGGCCUGACGUUGAGUGCACGGGUUUCCAUGCGGGAUGCGUCAGCAAUGGCGAACACAAGCAUCCCCAGCGCCGCUGGCAGUGGUCCCAGCGCUGGCGUGCCGAACCCCAGCAUCUCGCCGCUGUCAUCAUCAUCCGCACAUCACCAGCCGGCGGGCCUCACACCAGCCAAGCCAGCAGCCAAUGGUGCGGUGGCGCCCACCGCAGCAGAUCUAGUGCCAUGGACUCAGGCGGCAGCCUCGGCGAUGCCAUGCCGGCUUGCAGGCCCGACCGGACCGCCGACCGCAGCGGACACUGCAUCCGCCUCGGUCCCAACCAACACGCACUCGCAUGGCGCCACUAUUGCUGCGGGCGGAGUUGAGUCGCCGCCCACCAGGGUGCUUUCGCGGGGCCUGACGGCAUCGGGUAACGGCAAGCCCUGGAUGCUGGGACCAGUUGGCUCGGAUGGCACCGCCACCGACGGCGGCAGCGCCGCUGACUCCUUUGCAGUGGGCGGCUGCAGCGGGCCGUCUCGACUGGCGGCUGUGACGGCUGCUGCGAUGACGGUGCCCUGCACGGCGGCCUCCAGUCGACUGGCGGCGGCGGCAGCACCGAUGGAGGCUGCCAGCGAAGGUACCGCAGCUGUCCCUUCCAGCAGCAGUUUCAUGUCACAGCAGCAGCAUUUGGUUGAGUCCGCCCCAACGGCGACCGCAGCAGCAACGCCUGUUGGCAGCGCGCUCGCGCGGCUGACGGUGCAGAGUGUUAUUGCCGCCGCCGCGGCGGGUACUGGCGGCGCCACACCAAUGCACUCCAAUUCGCCCCGCUGCGCCGUUGAUGCUGGCUCCGUCGGCGGUAGCCAGCAGGCUUACAUCGUGCCGGGGGCCGGCAGCGCGCGGGCCUGGCUGACUGGUGUAGGCGCCGGCGGUGCUACGGGUAGCAGUGGCGGGCGGCGGCACCCUUGGCAGAUGGUCGAGGCCGCGUUGGCACAGUCCUCAGGCAAUGUGGCAGACACUGGCGAUGACGCUUUGAACCUUGACAUGGACGAAGAGGAGGAGGCAGCAGCUUGCGGCAGCUGCGGCCUGGCGAACCAGCGCGCGGUGGUGGGGAGCCGCGCGGCCACACCUGCUGUUGCAGCGUCCGCCAACUCGCCUGAGUCCACUACUGCCUUCAGCGCGCGCCGCGGCUGCAACCCCCAGACAUUGGCGCCAGCGGCUGUCACAGCCAUUGGCAGCGCGCCGCGGCACCUCUCAAUCGCGGCCGCAGCGGGGGUGGGCUCUGUCGUUGCCACCUCUGCUGCUGCUGCGGGUGAUCGCAGCCGCAAUGGCAGCGGGACCGGCUUCAUUGCUACCGCCGCCAUAACAGCUAGCAGUUCUGUGGGGUCUGCAGCGCCCCCAUCGUUCAUGCUGCCGCCAUUCCUGGCGACAAUGCCUCCCAUUGGCUCCAUCGCAGAGGCUGCUCGCGGCUCCAACCCUGCUCAUGAUAACCCAUCCCUGGCGGCAGCGCCGUCGCAUGCGGGCCGUGUGUCGCUGCCGCCGCAGCUGCAGCCGCUGCCAGUCCCAUGCAAUGGCAACGUGAACCUGCCAGGGUUGGGCAGUAGCGCUGGAGUUGGAGUCACGGCCGCCGCCGCGGCUGCUGUGGCGGCGGCGGCAGCGUUCGGGUCAGUUGAGGGCCAGUGGGCUCACGCAGUAACCCCGGACGCGGUCGACCACACGAAAGCAGCAGCGGCGCAACACGGCAUCAUCGCCUCCGCAACCACGAACGCCACCGUGACCACCACAGCCGAUGUGUUCUCCACCGGCGUAAUCACUGCAGCUGGCGCCACCAGUACAGCGCCUGUGGGGCCCACCACGGGCGCUGCCGCACCAGUUGUCUCCGGCGCAGCUACCUCGGUUGCUGCUUCGGUUGGCGACGAAGGCGCCUGGCGGGCACUUGACCAUGAAGACGACGACUCUGGUCUUGAGCCCAUGUUUGUGUCUCCUGCGGUCAGCGACGUGCUGGGAAGCGGCGACCCGGACGCCGCACGGAUGGCGCUGUACACGCUGCUUUCAAACAACCCCAGCCUGCAGCUCACUUUGGAGGACAUCAUAAGGUGCGCGCUCGUGGGCAAGGCCGUGGUGCACGAGACACUGCUGGCAUGUCCACGUGUGUCCAGUGGCGCAGCCGGCACAGGGGCGGGUGGCGGCGGCGGCGGUGGCGGCUACAGCGCCAGCCACGCGAGCAUGAGCGUGGGGCCCGCGUCCUUGAGCCACGGCGCAGGGGGCGUCGGAGGCGGCGGCGGGUGGGCUGGGUCGCCAUACGGAAGCAGUGGAAAGGCGGCGGCUGCGCUGCUGUCGUCACACUCCACAACCGCCUCGGGCAUACAACGGAACAUGGCGGCAGCCAGCGCCGCUGCUGCGGGCGGGCCCCAUAACCCGCUUGACGAUUUCCUUGUGCUGCGCGUGGCAGCGUGCUACCUACACCCCGCUGCGUCCGCUAACGGCAGUGGUGAUCCUUACGGCCGCGUGCUGGGUCAGGCGGCGGCACCGGCUCCGCCGCUGCAUCACCUGCCGUCGCUAUUCAUUUCCUUCUCGCGCCCCUACAGCAGCGCUGCAGCCGGCGCCGCUGGCACGGUGGCAGCAUCCGCGGCGGCACUUGCGGCAAGCGCCGCCCUGACGGCUGCUGUGGCUGCGGCCGACGCUAGCGCAGCCGUUGCGGCUGCGGCUGGCGGCGGUGCGAGCGGCUCGCUCGCCCAGCUGAGCUUCGUUCCUGCGGGUACGCCAGUCACCGGCCCUCUCUCGACAGCCUCGCUCACAGAUGCUGCCUCUGCUGCGAGUCCGCCGACUCCUGUCAGGGCGAUGGCAGUCAAGAACAAGGCGGCGGUCGCUGGUGCCCCCAGCAGCGGCAGCGGCAAAAUGGCAAAGUCCCCCAGCCUGGGCUCCCUGUUUGGGUCGCUGAGUAAGCCCAGCUGGAUGAAGGGCAUGCGCCCCAGCAACAGCGGCAACAGGGACAGCGCACGUUCGCCGCCGCGAUCGGCAUCCGCCGCUACAGCAGCGGCGGCGAUGGCAGCGGCAGUAUCCGGGACCAGCGCGUGCGGCGGCAUGCCGGUUGGGAGCUCACCACACGGCGCAUCUGGCGGCAGCGGCGGACGCGCCGGCAUGAGUCUGACCGCCCAUGCCAACCGGGCCAACAGCGGCCAUGACCCCUCGCGGCGGGGAACGGGCGCCGGCUUCGCUGCUAUCUCACACAGCGGCUUCGAUGCGGCGGCCUCGCUGCCUGCCCGCCCGUACAGCAUCAACCCGUACGUGAGCCCCAGUGUCGCCUCCGCCGCUGGCGACUCGCCUGCCACAGAUGCCUCAGGCUUGGCCAUGCACGUCGCCAGCGCGACCGCCGCCGCUGCUGCCGCCGCGGUUGCCACCACAUCAUCCCCAUCGGUGGAUACAAACAGCAACAGUUCGCUCGCCAAGGCCAUGGCUGCGGCAUCUGCAGCCGCCGCCACUGCCUCCGCUGCAGCAGCCAGCGCGGCCGCUGCUGCCGCGACCGCGGCCGUGGCAGCAGACGCGCCGUCCGCCGCCACAGCUGCGGCGCUGGAGGCGAUGUGCUCACGCGUGCGGUUGGAGCAGAUGCUGCUGGCUCACGUGCCGGUGGCAGUGAUGGUGCUGGGACUGGAUGGACGAGUGGUGUACCAGAACGGCAGGUCAGUGUCGUACAUGGGCAACGCGGUGGGCGCGGCCGUGUGUGCGGGGCUGGACGUGGGCGACCCGGAGCACACGCUGCAGCGCCUGUUCGUGUACGACAGCCCGGCGCUGGAGAGCAUGUGGGCGGCGGUGCACAGCGGCCAGACGUGGAGCGGCCUCGUUUGUAUGCCGCCGCACAUCGACCUGACCCAGCCCUACGACGCAACGGCAUGCCCCGGUGCUGGAAUGGUGGGUGCCGACUAUGGCUCAGCCGCCAUGGUUGGCGCAGCCGGGGGCAUGACGCAGGUGCUUGAGCACCAAUGGAGCGGCGUUCCAAGCAGCUUAGGCCCUGGUGCAGGGCUGCUGCUCGGCAGUGGCGGCAGCCUAAACUACUCGGGUACGCUGGCAGCGGCUGCUGCUGCGGCCGGAGGCCUAGACACGGAUGUCGUGGGAACGCUGCUGCAACAGCUGAAGCGAACCGGCAGCAAUAAUGGCGGUCAGCGCGGCGGGGUGUCGCCUUCGGCGGCAGCCCAAGCAGCGUUGGCAGCAGCAGCGGCUGCGGCGACGGCUGCGGGCCAGCUGCCUCACACAGGUGGUGUUGCAGGCAGCCGGGCACUCACGAACCGCAGUACUACCACCUCUGCUGCAGGCACUGCCGCAGCAGGCACUGCCGCCGCGGCAGCAGUACCAGCGCCAGCGCCCGGCUUCGGCUGGGCGUCAAGCCUGCCGAUCAACCUGGCUUCGCCGUGCGGCGCUGGCCCCGGUGCUGCUGGAUCUCCCCGGCGGGACGGGAGCGGACACGGCCGUAUCGCCUUGGCUGUGGGCUCCGGCCCGGCGGCUCACGAGUCCUUGGCAGCUGCAAGCCCGGUGGUGGCUCCGCUGGCAUGGGCCGGCGGCGGAGCCGGAGGAAACGGCGCUGGUGGGGCCCGCCUGCCGCGCAACACAUCAGCGCCAAGCUUCAGGUCUGCCAUGCCGCACCCGCCCUCACUGCCGUCUGUGCUGGAGGCAGAAGCUUGCGGCGCCGAUGCCGUCGCCCGCGGCCGCGACGCCAGUCACGCAGACACAAACGCGGACGCCCCGGCGACAAUGGGCCGGUCCGGCUACUUGGCGGCCACCAGUCCUGGCAUCGCCUGCGGCCGCCGCACUAGCUGGAACGCGCACCAGACCUUCUCUGGUACGCCCGUCGCCUCCGUGUACGGCAGCUCGCCGCACGGAGGCCAUUGGAUGGCUGCGGCGGCGGGCAGCGCUGGCGCAGCCGGCGGCAACAGCAGCCUUUCGUCGCACCUGCAGCUGCCGGGCACAUACGGCAACUACGUCCAGCAGCCGCACAUCCUGCCAGGCGCCAAUCGCCGCACGCAGAUCCACAGGUCCAACAGCCUGGCGCAGACGGAGCACACGCUGGGUGGCAGCUACCGCGCCAUGCGCAUUGCGGCGUCUGCCGCGUCGCAAGGCCUGUUGGGCCCCGUCGUGUCCGCCGGCGGCACCUCCGCCGGCGCCGCAGGUGGCAUGCUAGCGGUAGCCACGGCAGCGGCUGCGGCCACCAGCAGUGGUGGCCUGCCUCUGGCGCAGGCCGGCCACGGCGGCGGCAGCGGUUCGUUAUGCAGUGGUGACCUGCCGUGCAGUCCUCGUAUCAGCGGGGCCGUGCCAACAGUGAUGGGGCACGGCGCCCUCGGCGGCUACAGCAGCGCCUCUCCGGGCAGCUACAACCUAGGCGGCGGCGGAGGUAGCCUGGCGCGCGAGGCCUCGGCGCCGCCGGAGCCCGGCCCGCUGCCGCUGCAGCAGGCGUUGACGGCGGCGCGUCUGGCGCUGGCUAGCCCUGGCAGCAGCCACCGCAGCGGAGGCGGAGCUGGUGGUGGUGGCAGCGUUAUGGCCGUGCCUCCAUCCCCCAGCGCCAGCAGGUACCCACUGAUGCAGUCGCCGAUGAGCAGGCCACCGCAUCAGACGCCUGGCGAGCCGGGUCUGAUGGGGCGCGGCGGCAGCGCCUUCUCAGCUGGCCAAGCCAAUGGCCCUCCGGUGUUUGACACAGCCGCCGCUAACAUCGCGACGGCCACGGCCGCGGCGAUGCGCGGCAGUGCGACGGGGCUGCCGUACUUUGGCGUGUGCGCCUGGCACGAGAUCCAGGCCAGCCUGGUUCAGGACCCGGUGACAGCGGAGUGGCAGCUGGUGUUGAUCAACCACGACGUGACGCAGUACGUGUCGGCGGAGCUGGAAGUGCGGCAGGUGCUGGAUGCCGAGCACCGCAUCCUGGAGGAGUGCUUCCCGCGCCACGUGCUGGAGGUCAUGACCAGCGACAAGCGCCGCGCCUCAGUGGUCGGGCUGCCGCCCGCCGGCAGCGCCCUGGGCGCCAGCGAGUCCGCCACACCGCUGGGGCUGGGCCUAGGUGGCGGGUACGGCAGCGCCUUUGGCGGCAGUGUGCUCAUGCGCACGUCCUCCGUUGCCAGCAGUAGCUUCAUGCCGCCAAGCAUGGCCGCCGCCACGACAGCGAUGGCAGGCGCGAGCGGGCACGCGGGCGUCACUACGGCCGGCGGGGCUGGUGCUGGCGGCGGUGGGGGUGGCAGUGGCGGCAUCAGCACCCCUGAUUGGGGGCUAGACAGUGGUGCACGUGGCAAUGGCGACAUCGCGGUGUUGGCGACAGCGGCCUCGCGCCUGGCCCCACCGCCACCGCUGAUGCCGGCGGCGGGGGCUGCCUGCGGCUCUUUCCAGCGCAGCUCGGCGCCAUUGCCGCCCUUGGCCGCUGCCGGGUCUGCCUCGCCACGUGUGGGCGGCAACAGCGGCGGCGCCACCGGCACUACUCGUGGUGCGGCGGUGGCGGCAAUGCGCGCCGCUGUUGCGGCGGCUGCCAGCAACGCAAGCGCGGCCUCAGCGGGGUCAGGUGCCGCCGGCGUCCACGGAAUACGCGAUGACGCGUUCAUGGCAUCUCAGAGCACAGCAGGCGGCUCCGCCGCGCUCCGCCGCGCAGCCGCCUACGGCGCCAGCGGCAGCGGUGGCAGCGGCGCCCUGCCGUCAGCCCUAUCGCCCGCCGCCGCUGGAGCGGUGGACGGCCGUGCCGGCUACAGCAUUGCUGGUGGCACCGACGACGACGGACGCACCAGCGCCACGCUCAGCACGGACCGCCGCAGCCCCCACAGCACACACUUGGGCGCUUCAGGCAGCCUUGCGUCCUUCCACCACAGCAGCAUCAGCAACAGCAUCGCCGCGGUCGGUGUAUUUGGAGACAGCUUCAGCCACGCCGGCGGCGCUGUGCCGCCAGCGGGAUGCUAUGACAGGUCGAGCUACGGCGCCGCAUCGCACACCACUGGCAGCAGCAGCCUGCAGCACCUGCCGCCCGUACGGCAGAACAGCAGUGCCGCCGUCGCGGCUGGAGCUGCAAGCAGCUACGGCGGCAUGCACUGCACCUCCACUGCUCCGGCUGCUGGUGAUGGGCAGGCACCAACGCACGACCAGCCAUCGGUUGCUGUCAGCUCAGCUGAUGCAGAGGCAGUAGCGGCUGCAGCCGCCCAUGCUGCUACACUGCCCCAGCCGCCUCUGCCGCCGCCGCCGCCCCCACUGCAGAUGCCACUGCAGCGACAGGUCAGCAGUAACGCCUCAACGGCGCAGCACGCGUUGUACGACGGCAGCCCGCUGCCGCGGCAGCUGACGGCAGACGGCGGUGGUGGCGGCGGCACGUCGUCGGCCGCCGCCAACAUCACGACUACUUUCACUACCACCAUGCCCAACACGCCCACCUUCAGCUCUCUGCUAACGACGGGCCCCAUGCCGGCUGCUGCGGGCCUGGGCACCAUGGGCACACACACCAUAAUGCUGAGUGAAGUGCAGCAGUACAUGGCCCGAGCGCACGAGGAGGUCACGGUGCUGUUCGCAGACAUCGCCUCGUUCACCACCAUGUGCGGCCAAGUGCCGCCCAACCAGGUCAUGGCCUUCCUGAACGACCUGUUCCUGGUGUUUGACCAGCUAGUGGAGCGGCACCACGUGUACAAGGUGGAGACCAUCGGCGACUGCUACAUGGUGUGCGGCGGCCUGGUGGAGGAGGACGCGGAGGGCUUCCGCUCCGUGACGGAGGCGGUGGACCCGCUGCACGCACACAAGGUGUUCGCCUUUGCGGUGGACAUGCUCGCGGCGGCCCGCAGCAUCUGCAUGCCAGGCAGCGGCGGCGAGCCCGUGGCGCUGCGCGUGGGCAUCCACAGCGGGCCCUGCAUGAGCGGCAUUGUGGGCCGCAAGAUGCCGCGCUUCUGCCUCUUCGGUGACACCGUCAACACCGCCUCGCGCAUGGAAAGCACGGGCAGUCCGGGCGCCAUCCACGUCAGCGGAUCCACCCGCCUGCUGUUGGGGGACGCCGUGCAGGGCUUCGUGCCCACCGGCGGCCUGAGCGUCAAAGGCAAGGGCUUCAUGUACACGUUUCUGUACGAUCCAUCCGGUCAAGCAGCGCUGCAAUACCAGCAGCAGCGGCAGCAUCAACAACAACAACAACAACAGCAUCAUGAGGAGGCGCAGCAGCUGCAGCAGCUGCAGCACCACGACGACGCGGCGGCGGGCGGCGCAGCCACCGCAGCUGCUGUACCCGCCGGCACCAAUGACGUUGCAGGCAUGCCAGCUGCAUGAAGCCGUCUCGCAUCACCAGCACCGAUGACUGCGGUGACGCAGGCAAGGAAGGCGCGUCAGGAGCCGCUGCCACCGUUGCCUUUUAGGUUGAGCAUCGUCGCCGCAAACCGGCGCAAACAGCUAGUGCCACGUAUGUGGUCUAGCCUAUCGUUAGGCGGCAAGUCCAAGUCAGCCAAUCCCUGGCCGAACAUCCCUGUCCGUGCGUGCGUGCAUGCAUGCGUGCUGAGUACAACAUCAUGGCAGCGGGGGUGUGGUGCAAACCAGACGGUGGCGAGGUGUUGCAUUGCGAUUCCUUGUCGGUAGGGCGCGUGAGGCGAUUACUCAAGGCCGGGUGGGCUGUGGUUGAAUGCCUCUGCUGUGCGCCCAGCCUGAUUGUGGCUAGUGUCCUGAUGCGGUAUGGUUCAGCAUCGCCUUGGGAAAGAGGUAACACUGUCAGGAAUGCAUUGAGUUUGCUGGAGGAGUGAAGACGAGUUCUCGUAUCCUGGAUUGCAUGUGCCGCGCGUACUGGAGGAAUAAUGCUGGCUUUCAAGUAAACAUUCUUUGGGAGUUUCACGAUAAGGACGACUACGCGUGAGUGCAAUUGGGGUGCGUACACGGCUACUCACCCGCGGGUAAGGGCACGGCGGGUUCCAGCCUGCCAGUGUGCAUGGUACAUGUGGACUUAUGGACGCAGCCGGGCUUUAGUGAUAUCUUGAUCGUAACUCGCAACAUAACUCUGCGGCAUUGGACUGAUGACACGCCGGCUGUGUUUGUGUCCACGUGUCCAACCCCUUGCGGUACUAAUAACAGAGUGGAAUGCGUGGUACAAUGCCGGUAAUGCUGAGUUGUCCAUCCCGUUGUGGCUUUGCAGCAAACACUCACUGGUGUGCGAGUUUGAAGGUGGAUUCCAAUCGAAAAGUAUGAAGGCAUGGGAAUGGCUAGCACCCGGAAACAGGGCAGAGCGUGGGCGGGCAGGCGGGGGGGGGGUGCACUAGCUAGCUAGGGCACGUGCCGAUCAAGUACGCUGCAGGAUGCGCGCCUUGACGAGCGUUUCAAAUGAUCCCGUCAAUCGGAGAGUGAUCCUGGGCUGCGGGUAUUUAUCGUGGCGAACGUGCUGUUCUAAGCUUUGUACGUACGUUGUCUCGUUAUAAGUUGCACUACCUUUGCUAGCACUACCUUUUGACGUUGCGUCGAAUGCGUCCUCCAAGGCGUUAAUCGCUUACUUGUUGUGUGGGUCACGGCGCCUCCUGCUCAACGGCUUUGAUCUUCUGGGCGGAUUAGGGCACGUGAUUGUGAUCUUGGCGGUCCCUCAUCAAAAGCAUCAAUAAUUGCCCGCCAGUUUGUUUUAAUUGAACCGCAAGGUUCCUUCGGCUCAUUGAUUGUGCGUGAUCAGACUUAUGUGUGCACCUGCAACUGCUGGUGCAAAGAGGGCAGCCAUGCCUGGACACUAGGGGCGAGGAGGAUCCCGCUCACCCAUCAAGCCCCUUGCAGCAAGCGUGGCAUCCGAGCGAGGGAAGGGGGAGCUAAUAGCAACAAGUCGGUGGUAUGGGCGUAUGCAUGCAGAACUGCCUGAGGCCUGCACUGGAGCGGCCUGACCGGUGAGUAUGAUACGUAACGAGGCCAAUUAUACACCAUCAGCUGGUUGAUUGUGCAGUAGUUCGCUGGACUCAUGUAUGUGCUGGGUGCGGGCCGUUUGCGGGGCUGAGAAGGAGAUGAGGCGGCUUGUACUGACGGACAAUGGGGCUGCUGGCAUCAAGUGCCGUGUUUUGCCUCUCUGUCGUGGACUCUUUCUCAGGGGAAGGCUUCAUGGCGGACUGCGGCCAGCGCGCCAAUGCAAUGCUGGCAAACAUUGUGCUGGCAGUGUGACGGCGGUGGAGGUGCGUGCACAUCUAUCUCUGCAUGCGCAAACUGCUUUGACUUUGAAGUAGAGGCAGAGCGCAGUCCUACAUGUUCGCUAUAGUGACCCUCACCAUCCGGCCCGGGUCCGUCAUGUAAGGCAUCGUGCAUGGCAAAGUAUACGAAACUCGCGCCCCUCAUUACAGUUGUCCAGGGGUGCUGCCUGUGACAGGCGCUAAAUAAACCGUAAUGGUAACGCCAAUGCAACUGUUUGAGUGUGACCGUGUGAGGAGCUGGUCAGCUGCGGACAUGGUGUUGGCG